UCCCGGAAAUGUCAUCACCCGGUUUUCCUGCUGCACACAGUUCACUUCAUAUAGCACAACUUAGCUCUGAAUGUGGGCUCGUUCUUGAUUUGUUAUGGCUGAGCAGACUUUGGUAGAGGAAAUGAAUGAAUUGCAAGUGGACGGCAGCAUAAAGGAGUCAAGUACAGCCAGUAAGAAUGGAGGGAAGAAAAACAUCAAAAAUGUUUCUGGGGACUCCGAAGGCAAAACUGAGUUGUCACCACCGCCCCAGUACAUCGACGAGCGUCUCACUUUGUAUGCAAAGCUGAAAGCCGAGCACGACGCUCUGAUUGCAGAGAGAGCUGCGACGGAUAGCAAGCCUAUCAAGGUGACCCUGCCUGAUGGGAAGGUGGUGGAGGCGGAGUCCUGGAAGACCACACCGUACCAAGUGGCCUGUGGAAUCAGCCAAGGCCUUGCUGACAACACAGUGAUUGCCAAAGUAAACAACAGUGUGUGGGACCUUGACAGACCUUUGGAGGGUGACUGCAGCCUUCAGUUGCUCAAGUUUGAUGAUGAUGAAGCUCAAGCUGUUUACUGGCAUUCCAGUGCCCACAUCCUUGGAGAAGCCAUGGAGCGUGUGUACGGAGGCUGCCUCUGCUACGGACCUCCGAUUGAGAACGGCUUCUACUACGACAUGUUUCUGGAUAACAAUGAGGGUGUAUCAAGUAAUGACUUUCCCUGUCUGGAGAGCCUUUGCAAGAAAAUCAUCAAGGAGAAGCAGCCGUUUGAAAGGCUGGAGAUAAAGAAAGAAACUCUUUUGGACAUGUUUAAGUACAACAAGUUUAAGUGCCGCAUUCUGAACGAGAAAGUCACCACUCCCACCACCACCGUUUACAGAUGUGGUCCACUAAUUGAUUUGUGCCGGGGUCCUCAUGUGAGACACACUGGAAAGAUCAAAGCCCUUAAAAUCCACAAGAAUUCUUCUACCUACUGGGAGGGAAAAGCAGACAUGGAAACCCUCCAGAGGAUCUACGGUAUCUCCUUUCCUGACCCCAAAAUGCUGAAAGAGUGGGAGAAGUUUCAGGAGGAAGCCAAGAACAGAGAUCACCGCAAACUGGGCCGGGAGCAGGAACUGUUCUUCUUCCAUGAACUGAGUCCAGGGAGCUGCUUCUUCCUGCCUAAAGGGGCCUUCAUCUACAACGCACUGAUUGAGUUCAUCAGAAGCGAAUAUAGGAAGAGGGGUUUCCAGGAAGUAGUGACUCCCAACAUCUACAACAGCAAACUGUGGAUGACUUCGGGCCACUGGCAGCACUACAGCGAGAACAUGUUCUCUUUUGAGGCAGAGAAGGAGACCUUUGCACUCAAACCAAUGAACUGCCCUGGGCACUGCCUGAUGUUUGAUCACCGUCCUCGCUCCUGGAGAGAGCUUCCUCUCCGCAUGGCCGACUUUGGCGUCCUGCACAGAAACGAGUUGUCUGGAGCCCUGACUGGUCUCACGCGAGUCCGCCGCUUCCAGCAGGACGACGCGCAUAUCUUCUGCUCAAUAGACCAGAUUGAAGAGGAGAUUAAAGGCUGCCUAGACUUCCUACGUACAGUUUAUGAAGUGUUUGGCUUCACUUUCAAACUCAACCUUUCUACAAGACCAGAGAAGUUUCUGGGAGAGCCAGAAAUCUGGAACCAGGCAGAAAAGCAACUGGAAAACAGCUUAAAUGAGUUUGGGGAGAAAUGGGUCCUGAACCCGGGUGAUGGAGCUUUUUACGGACCCAAGAUUGACAUUCAGAUCAAGGAUGCCAUCGGUCGAUACCACCAGUGUGCCACUAUACAGCUUGAUUUCCAGCUCCCCAUACGCUUUAAUCUCUCCUUUGUCGGUAAUGAUGGUGAUGACCACAAAAGACCAGUGAUCAUCCACAGAGCUAUUCUGGGAUCAGUGGAGAGAAUGAUCGCCAUUCUGACUGAGAACUACGGAGGCAAAUGGCCACUGUGGCUUUCUCCCGAUCAAGUGAUGGUUAUACCUGUGGGACCAACCUGUGAAGAAUAUGCUGAAAAAGUCAAGCAGGAAUUCCACAAAAGUGGCUUCAUGGCAGAUGUGGAUCUGGAUCCCAGCUGCACUCUAAACAAAAAGAUCCGAAAUGCGCAGUUGGCACAGUACAACUUCAUCCUGGUGGUGGGAGAGAAGGAGAAGGCUAGCAACACUGUGAACGUGCGCACCCGAGACAACAAAGUCCACGGCGAGUGCAGUGUGGAGGAGUGCAUCAAACGCCUCACGGAGCUGAAGGCCUCCAGGAGUAGAAACGCAGAGGAAGAGUUCUGAGCUCAAACAACUUCUCUCCACAAAACCUCAAUUAAAUUCAGAUGCUGUGUUUAUGAUCAACUUUUUAAGAGGGGGAUGGGGAAUAAAUGCCUGCAAAUGUCUUUAUUUUUGUCAGAAACCAGGUUUUCCUGUACCGAUGCAAAGAUAUACGUUUUUCUGUUGUCUUCCAUUUCCUUUCUCUGGUUAUCACGAUACUGCUCAAACAAACGUUAUGAAGUGUAAUAGUCUUUCUCUUUGUUUCGAAUGUAAUAUGGUGAGGUCCUUGAACAGCUCAGCAGAACAAGUCCGUAAAUGAAUAAACUGUUUCCUUAAACAUUCUUCUCCAGUUUCCAUAUUACAAGCUUAUCGAAGCAAAGGGGAAAUGCGUUUUUUUUUAAAUGUCCUUCCUCUAUCUUGUUGUUGCUCAUCAUUUCUUCAGGGAAUUGUACAUGAAAUCCAAUUUUGAUAAACAGUUUAUUCUUGA